GCAAUAUUACAGUGCGGGUUCCUUCAGGAAGUCUAAAUGACAACGCUUGGCACAAGGUUGUGGUGGAAAGGCGAUCAAGAUCUGUCAAAGUAACUGUGGAUGACCUUUCUCAACGUGAGCAUGAAAUUUAUACUAAGGGGUGUGUGGAGGGGGAGGGGAGCAGGGUAUAUAGAGCAGGAAUUGAAAAGGGGGUUCUUGUAUAGUAUUUCUCGAGGUAUUUCUUGUUAGCCUCGAUUUUCAACACAUUUUUUCGAGGUUUUGUACGCCGGCAUGUUGGAAAUCGAACCACUUGGAGAGUUUCCAUACAGGAUUUUGUGCAUCUCAUUCGAUAGAACUAAUCCCAGCGGGCAAAAUGACGUUUAUCCAACGUUGAAUCAACGUUGGAAAUGACCUUCCAGACGUUGGAUAGACGUUGAAAAAGGGUUGACUAUGCAAAUUGGAUCGACGUUGAAACAACGUUGAAAUUAGGUUGCCAAUCUCGUCAACCAUAAUUCAACGUUGAAUCCACGUUAAAACAACGUUGAGAUUGGUUCACAAAUCGACGUCGUACAUUUAACCAUGAAUGAACGUUAAUUCAACGUCUGUUAGCUGCUGUUGAACCAAUGUUUGUAAAACAACGUCAGAGCAACGUAGAUAUUAGGUUGUCGACGUCGCAACCUUUUUUCUACCAAAUUUCAACGUUGAAACAACGUCGUGUGCCCGGUGGGAUGGACCUUUAACCUUAUAACUAAAAUUUUGAUCUAGACAAAAAUUUCAUCACAGCUUGAAAGAGCAUCACAAAAUUAGUAAUAUUCCAAAGUUUCGUUGCGAAAUGUUGUAAAAUGCGAAUAAUAUAGCCUUGCGAAGUUUGCAAUUUUCAGUCAUUUUAGAUUACAAACGGGAAAUUGAUACCCAAACACCCGAUUUGGGUAUCAAUUUCCCGUUUGUAAUCUAAAAUGACUGAAAAUACGAGGCUAGUUGGGCCAAUUUAUAUGCACAUAAAAGAAUUUUUAAUCGGCAGCCAUUUAUGAAAAGGGUGUAUCGAAGGGAAGAUGGCUGUGAAACUUAUCAGAAUAACAAUACAACUUAUUAUCUAUGUUGGUCAACUUUUACCCAUAAAUAUGGUCCUUCACCGUCACAUAUUGUAUUUUUGCCAAAUCCACCAAUAGCAAUUUCCAAUUUACCCUAUUGUUCAAGUCACGGAUAGGUAACUUUCCUAAAACAUUGCGAUUAGUUAGUUGGGCAAAAAUUUAGACCAGAUUUAUGAAUAAACGUUGAUUAGCGUAGAUAACGAGUUAUACAGGGUCUCCCAAAAAAACUAUUGAAAUCACCAAUAACAAUUUAAUUGUUAGAAUUUGAAUGCCUUAGCACUCUGUUGGUUCCCACGAGUGCAUAAAUGAUUGACAUAAGUAAAUGUUAUGCAUAAAGAAACUGUUUAAGACUGCUGUUUUAAAUUCCCAAGAGCAGAAAAUCGCGCACUUUACAAGGAGAUGUUUUUAACUAAAUUUAAUAUAUGCACCUUGUCAAUAUUUUACAUGCAUGUACGCAUCAUUACGUUCAGCUGUUUGGAAGGGCAUUCAAAUUUUAACAAUAGUGAUUUCAAUAGUUUUCGGGUUUUUUGGGACACCCUGUAUUGUUACUCUAAUGAUCUCACAGCCAUGUUCCCUUCGAUGGGCUGUGCCUAUAUGGUUAAAUUAAUAAGCACAUAAUCGUAUGCCAUUCAAAUUAGAAUAAUAAGGUAAAUUUCUAAAGGUCCCCUUGUUUUUAAGACACCAUUUACCAUAUAUACAUAAAGUUGUGGUUAGAACUCGACAACUGUCUCCCUGUACUCAGCUGGUUAGAGCGCUGCACCGGAAUCGCAGGGCCGUAGGUCGCUCUGUCUAUUUUGUUCUGCCUAACGCAUUUACUUGUGAAGGAGAACUCAAUGGGUUAAACUCUUUUAUUUCAGAGAUUGCUACAACCAAAGGCACCUUCACCUCACUUGAUAUCAAACCCCAGAACCUGCUGGGCGCUGCAAUGUACUCUCUGGGCGGUCCAUCAGGAAUUCGAUACGACGUCAACUUCCAAGGAUGUAUUCGAAACUUUGUGAUUGAUCAAAUGAAACCUGUCGAGUCCUAUCUACAAAACGACGCCGACUAUACGAUGUACGGCUCCACAACCAUGGGCACUUGUUAG